AUGGAUUUCAUCAAGACCAGUUCCCUGCGUGCUCUGAUUGAGUUAACUUUCCAACGCAACUGGAAUGGCUUCAUUUGGAUGAGUAGAAAAGGAGUUAUAGCCAAAAGAGUGAAGGCUGCUCCAGACGGCUAUAUCGAGAAUCAGCGUCCGAACGCGCAGACCGGCUGGCCGAGGAACGAAUGUUCCGCGCUCGGCCAAAACCGUAUUCGUCCGACUGAUGUCUCGGCCAAAGUCCAAUGCCACUCGGCCGAUCACACAGCACGACCCGGGAAACAUUGCCCGCGGUCGGCCAAGCUUCAACGCUUCACGCCACGCCGCGCACGACCAACGCGCGCGAGCCGGGAAACAAAGCCUCGCGGCCGCGCAACCCGUUCCGCGUACCACGGCCGAUGCAUCCGUCCGAGCCGGGAAAGAACGUCCCACGUCCGGCCGAGAAACCAUCGGCCAAAUCUUCGUCCGCUCGACCAAGCCGGCCGACCAUGA